UCCCCAAAGAGCUCACAUUCUAAAAAGAAACAUAAGAUAGACACCAGCAACAGUCACUGGAAGUACUGUGCUGGGGGUGGAUAGGGCCAGUUACUCUCCCCCUGCUAAAUAAAGAGAAUCACCACGGUAAAAGGUGCCUCUUUGCCCAGUUAGCAGGGGUUCGGGUUGCACAUGAUCCUGGCUUAGGAGUUUGUGGGGAAGAUCCUCUCUAGGGAUCUCUUUACUCCUAGGGUGCACUGACUCUUGGUCAGGUUUGUCAGGUGAAAAAUAAUGCUAUGGAAACCACUCUUUUACAAAGUUUAAUGGGAACGGGGGAUAAAAUAUAGUCCUUUUUAAACUGACAAAGAAUUGGGAGAGCCCUUAAAAACCUCCAGGAAUGAAAUGUGUAUCUGUUUUUCCUCAGUCCACACAAUGUGAAGACUAACUUUUGAUUUACAUGGCUGGUUGAAGCAUUUAUCAAAAACAUGUAGUAAAAUAAACAUCUGGUCAUUUUUAGAUAUGACCACAGAUGCCAAAGAAUAGGAAUUCCCCUCCCCCCAUGUGGACGAUGUGGAAUCCCCCCCCCCAACUAUGUGGACCUUAUCCAAUGUGAAAUUGGCCUUAAAGAGAGUUAGUUAAGCCUUCUAUUAUAUUUAUUGGUGACCAUAAAAAAAUCUCGACACUGAACAAAGAACAACCUCUUUACUGUCUGUCGUGUUCGAGAUGGCACAACCACUAUUUAAAAAUGGUGAUGCAUAUUCAGUCCCUGGAGAGGAGACUAGACGAAAGGAAGUCCUAGAGGAAGUAACCGAACAUUCCAAAGAAACUCAGCUGCCCUGUACUACAGGUAAUGCAAAGAUGAAAGCUGCGAACCCUGGAAAAGAGAGGAUUGCUAGAGACCCAGACAGCUGUGACAUCCCUUUCUAUGUUUCUGAAUUUGUGGAAAGAGAGGUUGGAAUUGACUGUGAUUCUCUAAGCAAGCUUGGCAAACUUAUUGAACAACUGUCAGAAAAUAAAACAAAAUUAGAAGAACAGGUACUCACAGUUUCUUCUGAAGUUCCCAAAAGAAUUCGGAAAGCUUUGCACAAUGCAGAGGAUUCUAAGAAGGCCCUCAGCCAACUUUUAGAGAAUGAAAACCUUUUGCAUGAUGCAAUUAAUAACCACCUGUUGACAUCUGAGCCAUGGAUGGAGGAUCUUGGUGUAUUGAUAGAUCAGAUAAAAGAAGUUGAAAGACACCUUGCUUAUUUAAAGUGGAUUUCACAAAUAGAGGAAUUAAGUGACAACAUUCAACAGUACCUUAUGACCAACAAUGUGCCAGAAGCUGCUACUACCCUAGCAUCCAUGGCUGAACUGGAUAUCAAACUUCAGGAGUCAUCUUGUUCUCAUUUUCUUUCUUUUGUUAGAUCUACUGUUCAGUUCUGGCACAAAAUCCUUAAGGAUAAACUGUCAAGUGAUUUUGAGGAGAUUUUAACUCACCUGCAUUGGCCGUUUGUCAGCCCAACACAAUCUCAGGCUUUUGGCUUGGCUGCAGCACAAGGCAAUGCCCCCGAGAUAUACAGUAAUUUGGAGACACUGUUUUCUCAACUUCUGAAACUGCAAACUUCAGAUGAAUUAUUAACUAAACCCAAGCAGCUUCCAGAAAAAUACAUUCUUCCUCCAUCUCCACCUGUUGUACUACCUAUACAAAUCAUGGUGGCCCCUCUUCAGAAAAGAUUCAAGUAUCAUUUCACAGGAAAUAGACAAACCAAUGUUUUAAGCAAGCCUGAAUGGUACCUAACGCAGGUGCUCAUGUGGAUUGGAAACCAUGCAACGUUUCUUGAAGACAAAAUCCAACCAAUAUUGGACAAAGCAGGCUCUCCAGUGAAUGCAAGGCUGGAAUUUUCCCGAGCUUUGGUGAUGCUGAUCCUGGAGAAGUUGGCUGCUGAUAUUCCUUGCUUAUUGUAUGAUGAUAACCUUUUCUGUCACCUGGUGGAUGAGGUACUUCUGUUUGAGAGAGAGCUACACACUGUUCAUGGAUAUCUCAGCAGCUUUCCUAGCUGUAUGCACAUUUUAUCCGAAGAAACCUAUUUUCAAAGAUGGUUAACUGUGGAAAGAAAAUUUGCUCUUCAAAAGAUGGACUCCAUGCUUUCAUCUGAAGCUGCCUGGAUAUCACAGUACAAAGAUAUUACUGAUGUGGAUGAAAUGAAAGUCCCUGAUUCUGCUGAAACUUUCAUGACUUUGUUACUGGUCAUCACAGAUAGGUAUAAGAAUCUUCCUACAGCUGCUAGAAAGUUGCAGUUUCUAGAGUUACAAAAAGAUUUGGUGGAUGACUUCAGGAUACGAUUAACUCAAGUUAUGAAAGAGGAGACCAGAGCACCUUUAGCCUUUCGAUACUGUGCAAUCCUAAAUGCUGUAAACUACAUAGCAACAGUACUAGCAGACUGGGCUGAUAAUGUUUUCUUCUUGCAGCUUCAGCAGGCUGCACUGGAAGUUUGUGCAGAUAGUAGUACACUAAGCAAGCUGCAGCUAGGACAGCUGGCUUCUAUGGAAAGCUCUGUCUUUGAUGAUAUGAUUAACCUCCUUGAGCGAUUGAAGCAUGACAUGCUGACCCGCCAGGUCGACCACGUCUUCAGAGAGGUCAAAGAUGCUGCCAGGAUGUACAGAAAAGAGAGGUGGCUUUCUUUGCCAUCCCAAUCAGAACAAGCAGUAAUGUCCUUGUCAAGCACUGCCUGCCCAAUGCUAUUGACCUUGAGGGACCAGUUGCUACAGCUAGAGCAGCAGCUUUGUUAUUCAUUGUUCAAGAUCUUCUGGCAAAUGCUUGCAGAGAAAGUGGAUUUGUUCAUCUAUCAGGAAAUAAUUCUGGCCAAUCACUUCAAUGAAGGAGGAGCAGUGCAACUUCAGUUUGACAUGACAAGGAAUCUUUUCCCUUUAUUUUCGCAUUACUGUAAGCGGCCAGAGAAUUAUUUCAAACACAUAAAGGAGGCUUGUAUUGUACUGAACUUAAAUAUUGGUUCAGCCCUGCUCUUGAAAGAUGUGCUACAGUCAGCCACAGAAGACAGAACGGGAACCACCUUUAAUUCAAAUCAGCCCACUGCAAUGGCAGCAUUAAAUGAACUUGGAAUUUACAAAUUGGCUCAGCAGGAUGUUGAGAUUCUUCUUAAUUUGAGAACCAACUGGCCUAAUACUGGGAAAUGAGCAAAAUAAAGAUUAAUCAAUAUUCUAUUCUAUAAAAUCAAAGCAAAUCCACAUUUCUAUGCUCUUAUGUCAUAAAGAACAUUACAUUCUUUUUGAGUGAAGAUGAAAUCUGCAUGUACAGUGUGUACAUGCACAUGCACGUGCGCGUACACACACACAUUUUAAAGCUGGGUAAAAUCUAGCUGCCCAUUUAAACUUUUAACUACCUCUCAGGUAGCAUUGCAGUUGUACGAUAUGUUCGUCUGGGAGACACUCUUGUCUAGUAUCAAUGUGACAAACGUUAUUGUCUCGGUUAACUCCCUGUGGUAAUCAGGUGGAAUUACCUUCAUUAGAGGGUAUAUACAAACACACCCCUCAUGUAAUAACGACAAGCUCUUUAUAUGGCCUUGAAGAAGCAAGAGUUAAUAGUUUUUCAGAUUGCAUUAUCUAUGUGAGCUAGAGUUGAAUUGCUCUCCCUUGUUGGCAGUUGUGCUAUUCACGUUGGUCUAGGCUUGGCUGGAUUGCCUUCUGUCCUUUCCAAGAACUAUAGUUUUACUCCAGACUUAAUCUACACCAGAUACUUAGUCCCAUAAUGUCAUCAAGUACUAGUGAGUGUCAGUCUGCAGAGUAUUCUGCGCUUACCAGUGCUUCUCCAACUAGAUGUAAAACUGUGAUUGCCAAGGUGCUGCAUUGAUGCAGUGGUGGAGAAUCUUUCUACCCUCCUGCUAUGGUAAUAGCUUUGUUAACAAAUGUAUAAAGAAAUCUGUGAAUAACAAUCUUACAUUCUGUCUGAAGGACUGGUGUAUUCAUUUUGGUAACCAUAUUAAAUACCUCCAGUGUAUAUAA